AUGCAGGGUUUUAUUGGACAGCAUGAAUUUACUGCCGAAAGCGUUAUGCGAUCCAGCCCCGAAGGUGAUAGUCAAGCUAAGUAUCCUGAAGAAAGUGAUGAGAAUACCAAAAAGGCGAGUGAGGAUGCUUCGGUUGAUAGUAAUCGAAACUUUCUUCUUACCCUAAUAUCUCGCCGCUCCGUACUACGUUCAGGGGUUCGUUAUCUUCGCCGCGGUGUUGAUGAUGAUGGCAAUACUGCAAACUCAGUAGAGACGGAACAAAUACUGUCAAGUCCUUCAUGGAAUCCAGCAGAGAAGGUGUACUCCCUCCUUCAGCUACGAGGAUCCAUACCUCUCUACUUUUCUCAGUCUCCUUAUUAUUUCAAACCAGUCCCAAUCAUGCAUCACUCAGCUCAGACUAAUCUAGUGUCUUUUACAAAGCACUUCCAUGAUGUCCAGAGAAGGUAUGGUAAAGUCCAUGCUGUCUGUCUGGUAGAUAAACAUGGCGUGGAAGUGAACAUUGCAGAGACAUACGGGCGUUACCUAGAAAGUUUUAACAAGGCUGAGACGUCUGAAGAUAAGAAAGUCCCAUAUCAAUGGUUUGACUUCCAUGCGGAAUGCCGAGGAAUGAAGUUUGAAAAUGUCAGCCGCUUGGUGGACAGGAUGUCGGAGACUCUGGAAGAUUUUGGUGAUACCGUCAUCCAGAACAACGCUGUUGUUCGCAGCCAGUCUGGUGUCAUAAGAACCAACUGCAUGGACUGCUUGGACCGUACCGGUGUCUCGCAGUGUGCCUUUGGGCAGUGGGCCUUGGAGAAGCAACUCAAGGAGGAAGGCCAUUAUAUUGAUCUUCAAGGAAGUGCUGCCACCCAGUGGUUUAACAUCCUCUGGGCAGAUAACGGAGACGCUAUCUCAAAGCAAUACUCGUCUACUGCCGCACUGAAGGGAGACUAUACCAGAACUCGGAAACGUGAUUACCGCGGUGCUCUGAAUGACCUGGGUCUGACUCUGACGCGGUACUAUACCAACAUUUUCACAGAUUACUUUUCCCAGGCCUGUAUCGACUAUCUCCUUGGGAACGUGACCACUCGGGUCUUUGACGAAUUUGAAACGAAUCUCCAAAGCGCAGACCCUGGGAUAUCCAUGGAGAAAGCCCGCCAGAGUGCAAUCGAAACCAGCUGCCAGAUCGUCAUCAGCGACGAGAACGAGGAGUUUAUCGGUGGUUGGACGAUGCUAAGCCCUCGCCAGCCAAAUACCCUGAGAACUCUACCGUUUGAACAGACCGUUCUCCUGCUUACCAAUGUAGCCGUAUACUCAUGCCGGUUUGACUGCAACACGGAAAAGGUCACAUCAUUUGAGCGUAUCGACCUAACAUCGAUCACUGGCAUCAAGUACGGAACGUACAUCAGCUCUACAUUGACCGACGCCCAAAGGGACGAGAAGAGGAACAUGGGCCUAGCAAUUGCCUACCGUCCCAGCACCAGCAACUCUCUACGAGUCAACACAACCUCUCUGCACAGCCUUUUUGCUGAGAAGCCAGAUCCCGCCCCGGAAAACCAGGAUAUAAUUGACUGGGACCUAUCUACUCUCUUCAAGGGCUCAGACCGAUCCUCAACCCACUUCCUCGCGUUCAAACUGCCGAACACCUCUUCAGCGGUAGCCAGGGCCCCCAAGACUCCCGAGGUCAGCGAGGCUGAUGCAGUGCGCGCCAUCUGCGAGGAGAUCGAACGCAUGGUGAACCGGGCCACCCAAUCUCCAUCCAUCCACGCCGAGAGACCGUCCAUCGUCGAGCAGACUCAGAUCAUCUCAUUGGAGAAUGCUCGGAGACAGACUGGAUACUUUGAGCACUUGUUUUUUGAUAUAAAGAAGCUCGUCUGGGCCUGA